AUGGCAUCUGCUUCACGCACCCUCACUCGCGCUCUGCGCUCCGCAACUCCCAUCCGCGCCUCCAAUUCGGCCCGCCUUGCCAUUCGUGCUCAGCCUAUCCGCCACCACUACCAGCGCCGUGCCUAUUCGACACCCACGCCCGAGCAGCCUGACAAGUAUGAGGGCAACCCAUCGGGUAUGAUCUGGGGUGCUGGUGCUCUGCUCGCCAUUGCUGCCGGAUAUGGCGCUUACCUAUCGAAGCCAGAAUGGUUUGGAAAAGACAGCAAGGCCAAGACGGCCAUCAUCACCCCCAAGUUCGACGACUACCAGCGCGUAUACAAUGAGAUUGCCCAGAGGUUGGAGGAGAAGGACGACUACGAUGAUGGCAGCUACGGCCCUGUUCUCCUGCGAUUGGCAUGGCACGCUUCUGGAACCUACGAUGCUCAAACCGGCACUGGCGGUUCCAACGGUGCAACCAUGCGAUUCGCCCCCGAAGGCGACCACGGUGCCAACGCCGGUCUGAAAGCCGCCCGCGACUUCCUCGAGCCCGUCAAAGCUGCCAACCCAUGGAUUACCUACUCCGACCUCUGGAUCCUCGCCGGCGUCUGCGCAAUCCAAGAAAUGCAAGGUCCCAAGGUUCCCUACCGUCCCGGCCGCAGCGACCGUGACGUCUCCUUCUGCACGCCCGACGGCCGUCUCCCCGACGCCUCGCAGGGCGCCUCGCACAUCCGCGCCAUCUUCGGCCGCAUGGGCUUCUCGGACAAGGAAAUGGUCGCCCUAUCCGGUGCCCACGCUCUAGGCCGCUGCCACAAUGACCGCUCUGGUUUCGAUGGCCCGUGGACCUUCUCCCCUACCACCCUCACCAACGACUACUACAAGCUCCUCCUCGAGGAGAAGUGGAGCUACAAGAAGUGGAACGGCCCCCGCCAGUUCGAGGACGUCAAGACCAAGAGCCUCAUGAUGCUGCCCACUGAUAUGGAGAUUAUCAAGGACAAGAGCUUCCGUUCCUGGGCGGAGAAGUAUGCUCGUGACAACGAUCUGUUCUUCAAGGACUUUUCCGACUCCGUGUGCAGGCUUUUUGAGCUCGGUGUGCCGUUCUCUGUUCCCGAGGAGCAGAGGUGGACGUUCAAGAGCUCGUUCGAUUAA